AUGACGGCAACCGAAGCCAUGGAUAGGACGACCGGGAGCGAGGACAGGGCCACCAAGUCCGAAGGCGAGACCACCAACAAGGCCCGCGGUCAUCAUCAGCGUGUGCCAUCUGCUGGUGAUGCUCCUAGCGCUGGGCACGCCGCUCCGGAGAGCGUUCACAAGACGCCCAAGAAGCGGCGCAAGGAGCGACCGUGUACCAGAUGUGUCAAACGUAACAUUGGGCAUCUUUGCCACGACGAACCGCGAGAGCACGAGACGAAAAAGCCCAAGAGUUUACCCACCGCUGCGACACAGCAGCAGCAACAGCAACAGCAGCCGCAGCAGCAGCAGCAGCAGCAGUCGAAACAGGAACCCGGCCCGCAGCCGGACCCUGGACGCAGCGCGCUGAACCAGAAUGCUGGCGCCAUGAGGCCGCUUUCGUUCGACGGGGCCUUGGGAAACAGGCCAGGGCAGGCCUCGAAAAGCGCGUUCGAGGCCACCACGCUGGCUGGUCGAGGCGGCAACCCUCUCCAGCUGGUGCAACCUACGCCGGUGUCCGGCAUAGCGGCCAAUGCUUUGGGCAGCGGAAUGAGUCAAUUUCCCGAUUUCUCAGAUGCCUGGCUGGCUGCGCAGAACCCUUACCACGACAUGCAUAACUUCCACCCGAACUAUGUGAUCGCGCCGGAGGUUACCAACGAAUUCAAUCUCCUUAAUGACUUCUUGCAGACCAGCCUUCUCGAUGACACGGGCCUGUUGAAUGAUGAUCAGGCCCAAGUCGCCGCCACCGCUGCUGCUGCUGCUGCUGCUGCCACGUCCGGUUUCCCCGGUACCGACGCCGCCAUGCUCCCACCAGGCGCUGCCCAGGGGGGCUCACUCGCCGUGCCCAACGCAGAGCACGGCAAGGUCAUCCCCCGGCCCAACAGCGCUUUACCCGCCGACAAGGCCCGCGCAUACUAUCUCCAGGCCGCGGAUCCUUCGGGAAACGCGCCGGAGGAGCGCAUGCGCCAGGUUCUACAGGCCAAGUAUGAGGCCGGCAUGUUGAAACCGUUCAACUACAUCAAGGGGUACACGCGUCUUCAGAACUACUUGGCGGGCCACGUGUCCGCGUCGUCGAAACAAAAGAUUUUACGACAACUCGAUCGUUUCCGGCCGAAAUUCCGCGAGAAGAUCAAGGAUCUGACCGAUAUGGACUUGGUCCUGGUUGAGAUGUGGUUCGAGAGGACGCUCAUGGACUACGAUCGCGUGUUUGCUAGCAUGGCCGUACCUGCGUGCUGCUGGCGCCGAACGGGAGAGAUUUUCAGGGGGAACAAGGAGAUGGCCGAGCUUAUCAGAGUCCCAGUUGAGGACCUACGAGGGGGCAAAAUUGCGCUCCACGAAAUACUCACAGAAGAUUCGAACGUCCGAUAUUGGGAGGAAUUUGGAACCAUCGCGUUCGAUUCUGCCCACGAUACGCUCCUUACGGCGUGCUCGCUAAAGAACCCGGCCGAUGGCGCACCGGCUGUUAACUGCUGCUUCUCGUUUAGGAUCCGCAGGGACGAUCAUAAGAUGUAUUGGUCCGAUCUCAAAGCUAACAAACCCAUCACAGAAGUCGCAGGCAAACUCAGAUUACUCCUCUCCACCCCGGACCCCUCCGAGAUACCCCAGAUCGAGGCUCUUAUCAGCGAGGUUACACCCCACAUUGACAACCUGUACGCGUGCCAGCAGACCUAUCGCCCCGGCAUCAGCGGCGAUUUGGACAUUGAUCAGCUGGGAACGGAAUUAUGGAACCGGUGCGCGCGUGUGGGCAGGGUGCAAAAGGAAAAGCGAUACAUGGAGCUACAACCCAAGGGACUUUGGAAGGAGGGCGACCAGGUUGGUAGUCUGGAAGAAUUGACUAUUUAUGGACGGGCUUUGGCCUUCCAUUUGCUGGCGAUUGCGAGACCGAGGGAGGAUGGCCCGCUUGAUGUUGCUGCCGUGAUCAGACUGCUGAAAUUGGCUUUGAAGUUUGUGGGGGUGUGUGUUGACGCCAAACAUCUAACGAGGGGUGGGCAAGUGCUCCAUCUGGCGGCCGACUUCAACAUAUGGUUGCAAGGGGUGGCUAAGGAUCUUCCGGAAGAGGAAGCUAAAGAGUGCCAGUGUUUGGAGGUGGAGUAUUUCAUCAUGAGAACCACUCUGUGCAUGGUGCAAAAGCGCUUCGACAUUGCCGAACACAUGUACACCAAAUCCGAGCAUCUCCACAAGUUCCUCACUCCCGAGUACGCUGAACGACUGGGCAGCAAUCUCUUGGCCAUCAGCAAAUCGUUGUCGGACCUGCACGAUAACAAGGCCGCACUCAGGUGGUUGAACCGGGCGCUAGACGUGGUGAACACCCAAGAGCCGGGGAAACUGUCUUAUGGAGGUCGCGUGUUACGUCGUUCCGUCUUCCAGGCGUUGGUGGCCGCACUCUUGAUUGAGGGAGGCCCUGAAAACCUCGAAAAGGCCAGGAACUUGAUGCACUACAUUGAGGCGGAAAAUGGCGACGGGCAUGUCGUCUGGAUGCUCAAGCUCGAGCUGUUGAUCAAAACACCCGCCGAGGUCUUCGACAGCGAGGGUUACGCCGAUACCCUGCGGCACGCCAUGCGCCAUUUCAUCCGCAGCGAUUCAGGGUUCAAGCUUGCUCUUAUCUACAUUCGAAAACUCCAUGACAAGAGCCCCGGUGCUGGGUGUGCGGUGAUGGAUGAUUUCAUAACCCUAUUAGGCAGCGCGAAAAACCACGAAUGGCUGGAGAAGGCUGUGGUCACGCGCAUGUGGAUGAUCACCAGCCAACGGGAUUCACUUGAGACUAUCAGCACUGUGAAGAGUGUGCUGAAGUACCUGAACAGACCCCUGAGUGCCGAAGCGGCCGGGGCCGCACAAGCAUUGCUGUGGAAGAAGCUCGAGUUGAACUACGUCCAAGGUCAAUAUGAUCUGGCAGAGAGCUGGUGUCAGCUAGGUCUCCACGACACAUUCGAGAACUGCGGCGCCGAAAACAAGUCCAAGCUCGAAAGUCUACAGGAUGCCACCUCGGUUCUUGAUGGCCUCUCUCCGCAGAGCUGGAGGGACCCGAUGACAGCGUAUCUCGCUUUCAAGGUUGCCAUCCGCGUGGAGGAUCGUGCUCUUGCCGAGAAAUGUCUUGAGACCGUCGCUCAGGCACCAGAUCAUGUGGACUAUCUCGGUGCCUGCAUAGCCGAAUCACAAAAGACGGGCGACAUUUCGUGUGCCCUUUCCGCGCUCAAGAAACUUCAGGAACGGUACGAGUACAAAGAGCCGAAUCCAAUACACUUACCCGCACUGUUUAGGUGCACUAUCCGGCUGCUGAAUUUGUUGGUGGAGAGGCAAGGGGAGGGAGAUACAAAUGCGGUUGUGGGUGACCUUUGCGAGGUCUUUGAUGCUGUUCUCUACUCCAACAUGCGAAAACUCGUCAACGAGAUUUGGACCCUCGAAAACUUUGACGCCGUCAAACUCACCAAGUACACGCGGUGUCUCUUCCAAGCGACGCUCCCUCUCAACGACAGUCUUGCUAUGGACUUGUUGGAUGAGGCGUGUACCAGGGCGAGGGAGCUCCAUGAGAACCCCGACACCCCCUGGCCAGAAGACGAACUGGAAUGGAUGGCCACGACAGCCUUCAACCACGCCAUCGACUGCUACGGCGCACGCGAGACUGACCAGGCUAAGGCCUGGGCCACCAAGGCGAUUAACCUGGCGCAUUACUGUCGUGAUGACGCCCUACGCCGGUUCCAAAGUGCUCAGGGUACCUUUACCUUGAAUUGA